AUGCCAGUUAUUAGAGACAAGAUUGAAAGCAGUGGCCUGCUAGAUGGCUGGCGCAAGGUGAAGACCUUCUCCUGCGUGGACAUCGCCUCGCAGGAGGUAAGCUCCGAGUCGGCGUACAAGCAGCUGGAUGGCAAGGCGACGGAGUUCUUGAAGCCGGGGGAGCGGCUGGAUCCAGAGUGUGGCGUGGAGACGUUGACCUUUGAAAGCUACAAAAGCUGCCGUGGCAGAGGCCAGAUCGACUUCAAGCUCUUUCAGAGGGUAGCACGUGAGCUGCCACCUGAAUACACUCCGGAAAUCAAAAGCUUGAGACUGCAGAAGCUGUCGUACGACAUCGCACAGCUCCCCAUUCUCCUGCCGGACAUUUUGGAGAUGUUUGACUCGUCCAUAUCAUUGGAACUGUGCCUCUGGAGUUCUGUUCCAUGGCUGAAGAUGCCAGAAGUUCAUGGAUUGAAUACUUCAGACAUUUGCCGAAGAGGAGCAAACAAGUUGCUUCCGGAGCUCUGGAAGGGUUUGGGCGAUUCUGCAGAAUCUCGCCUAGCGCUUGCCCGUGUCUUUCAAGAGGCACCCGAAGCCGUGCUGCCGGAGCUCCGGAAGGCGUUGGGCGAUUCUGAUGCUUUUGUCCGCAGAAAUGCCGCUGACUUGUUGAAGUCCGCUGGAAAACGAGCAAGAGCAGCGGUGCCAGAGCUCCAGAAGAAUUUAGGCGCCCCGUUUGUAGCGCUUCGUGCACAGGAAGCCUUGGCAGCCAUCGGCAAAGAGGCACCCGAAACCUUGACAGCUAUUGGCAAAGAGGCACCCGACGCCGUGCUGCCGGAGCUCCAGAAGGCCUUGGGGGCGACUCUCAUGAUCGUGCUAUCUGGUGGGGCGAACUCGAAAGAUGGCAAGCAGACACUGCAAGCCGUGCUGCCGGAGCUCCGCAAAGCUCUGAACGACUCUGAUUCCGAUGUCCGCAGGUCUGUCGUUGAAGCCAUGGGAUCCAUCGGCCAAGUAUCCCCCGAAACGGCACUGCCCGAGCUCCAGAAGGCUUUGGGCGACUCCGAUUCUGAGGUCCGCUCGCAUGCCGCUGGAGCCUUGGGAUCCGUCGGCAGAUUCGGCAAAGAAGUGCCAACAGCAGCCGUGCAGGAUCUCCGGAAGGCUCUCAGCGACUCUGAUUCCGCUGUGCGCAGGUCUGCCACUGACGCGCUGAGAUACAUCGGCAAACCGGCAAGAGCAGCCGUGCCCGAGCUCCAGAAGGCUUUGGGCGACUCCGAUUCUGAGGUCCGCUCGCAUGCCGCUGGAGCCUUGGGAUCCUUUGGAAGAUGGGCAAGAGCAGCUGUGCCGGAGCUCCGGAAGGCCUUGGGCGACUCUGGCUAUUCUGUCCGUCAAAAUGCUGCCGAAGCCUUAGGAAUCAUCGCUGCAGAAGCACCCGAAACGGUGCUGCCGGAGCUCGGGAAGGCUUUUGGCGACGCUGAUUCUGUUGUCCGCGAAGCUGCCGAGAAAGCUUUGAGAUCCCUCAGCCGGCGGGCGCAGACCCGGGAGAGCGGCAAAGCAGCGGCAGAGCCCGCCUUGGAAAAAGUGGUCGCUGCUAUUAGCUCCCUGGAUGGCCAGCCGGUCGUGGAAUCUACCGCGCCGACAGUGACGGAGGAUCCGGUGCUGAAAUCUCUCGAGGAUGGUGUUGGGGCGCAAGACCCAGCCUUGGAGCAAAGCCGUGGUGCUGUGCCGGACGCCAGCACGCCAACCGUCACAGAGGAUCCGGUUCUGAAAGCCCUCGAAGAUGGCGUUGGCGCGCAAGACCCUGCAUUCGGCCAGAAUCGCCGUGCCGUCCCGGACGUCAGCACACCGACCGUUACGGAGGAUCCCGUACUGAAGUCCCUCGAGGAUGGCGUCGGCGCGCAAGACCCCACCUUCAAUCAGAAUCGCAGCACAUCGGCUGAGCACAAGCGGGGCUUGGCGCCCAACCGCUCUGUUGCAAUGGAUUCGCAAGAGAAGGGCAAGUCUCGAAGCAACGUCUCCGCCGUGGACACGGUGGUGGCUGCAAUGAGUGCCGAGGGCGGCAAUGAAGGCCCGGUUGCAGUCGACCUCGCAGCACCGACCCUGACGGAUCCGGUGCGCUCUUAA